AUGGCGGUGGUUGAAAACUUAGCGCUUCUUCUAGACGUGACGAUGCCACCGAUCAUCAUACUCCCCGAGAGGGAAACACGUCUAGUGGCUCUCGAUCUGCUAUUGAGCUUGUUGAGGCGGCAACUUCACCAUCUCACUGAUUCUAGCAAUGUGAACGGGGUGGAUUUCGAUAACGGCAAAGAAAACGAGAACGGGAACGACGAGGAGGGAGAAGGGGAUCCAUUCGAUUAG